AUGUAUUGUGCUUUAGUAAAGAAUUAUAACAUUGUACUUUCUUUUAUAACUUCUAACCUGUCUUUCGUUCACUAGGAUCAUCUAUACUACGUGAUGGAAUUUUAUAGUGGGGGAGAGCUGGGGAAACGUAUCAAAGCCAAGAAAUCAUGUGACCUCCACACCAUGAGACGUCUGGCAUCAGAACUCCUAUGUGCUCUGCAGUGGGUGCACUCUAAAGGCGUAAUGCACGGUGACGUGAAGCCUGAGAACAUUCUUCUGGAUUGCAACGGUCAUGUGAGAUUAGCCGACUUUGGUAUAGCAGUAACCAACAUGUUUGGAACCGAGACAAGAACUGGAGAGUUUGGCUCAGAAUUAUACAAAGCACCUGAGGGCAAUUAUCAACCAGAUUAG